AUGUAUUUAAAAAGUUGUGUCGCCCUUUUAAAAGGUGGGUCCCUGGGUCUUGUGCAAGGCAGUCUCUCUCCUUUGACCUUUGGACUGCCAAAUAUUUCCCUUUUGCCUAUGGGGUGGGCAGUGUGGGAAAGCGGCUGGCGAGGCGUCGCUGGAGCUGCGGGAGGAACGCCUGUGUGUCCAGCUGGCUGGCUGGCCGCUUAACCCUCCAGCUUGCUUCCCAGUGUGUUCCCAUGACAUUGCACUCCCGGUCGGCCGAGCCGCGUGGCCCUUCCUUUCUCACCAUGAAACCGCAUCCACUCUUUCUGACCGUCACCUUGUUCCUCUUUGCCUUCCCCUUCUACAUGAUGAACGGCCUGGCCGUCCUGGACAACCCCUCGGCCAUCGCAGUGACUGCCUUCGGGAUCCUCUUGUUCCUGUUUGCUCUGGUUUACUUCGCAAGUUACUCUGAAGACGCCCUCUACUACGUGUUCGUGGCACUUUCCUUCGUGUCGGGAAUGAGCGCCGUCGUUGUUCUGGAAGAAGAUGGCUACAUAAGCAACUUCCUGGAAGUCUACAUGAGACAGGGUGAGCCGUACCUAAGCACAGCUCACGGGUUGAUGAACUGCUAUUGGGCUGCCACCACGCACUUCGCCCUCCAGCUGGCCAUGAUUGCAGCCAUCACUCAAAGGAAGAGUUACCGGAACCUUGGGUUCUACUGGGUCGGAUCCCUCACGAUGAACUUUGUCGUCUACCUGCUGGGGAAUGUGGUUGGGAAAUACGGUUCUGAGAUCCGUCCGGACUUCUUCCUCAACAUCCCUUUGCUCCUCACCCUCAUCUGGGCUGCCUGCAGGAUCUUUGCCCAGCCCAAGACGUUGCCCCUCGAGACGGCCGAUAAGGUUUUGGAAGAGCAGUGCAAAAGCCUCUUUCAGCGCCCGCUGGAUUUGGUCCUCAUGGGCUUCCUCCUUUUUGACAUCAGCUUCACUCUGUUCCGGGGACUGGUCGUUCUGGACUGCAAGGCGGACAUCUGCUUUGACUACAUCAACCAGCAGGAGCCGUACCUGCGAGACCCGGUGGCUUACCCCAAAAUCCAGAUGCUGGUCUUCCUGUUUUACGGCCUGCCAUAUUUCUGCUUCUGCCUUUACGGCUUGCUCACCCCAGGAAGCUCAUGGAUGCCCGACUGGGCCCUGAUCUCUGCUGGUGCCAUUGCCCAGGCUCAGUUCUCUCAUAUUGGUUCUUCGCUCCACCAGCACACCCCAUUUCCUUACCGGACCCCCGACAGUGCCUGGUGGCUUGUGACCCUUUUCAACCUGGCCUACGCAGUGGGACCUCACCUUUUAGUGUACCGCUGCCUUCGCAAUCCGGCCUUCUUCUCUCCGGUGGUCUCGCAAGAUGACAUCAAGAAGAACCAAUGAGGCAGAGGAGCAGGGGGGUCGCCUCCCUCCACUGUCCGGCCACAAACCAGAUCGCAUUGUGCAAAGCCAAAAAAC